AUGCGUUUUACACUCGCCGCCUUCGUUGCAUUCGCCGCUAUGGCCGCCGCUCAAGUUAAGCCCAACGACGCAGGGGCCAAGAACGUCGGUGAAGGCAACGGCGCUCAGUUUAUCACGGGCGGAUGUGUGUCCGACGCUGACUGCUCCUCUGCUUGCUGCAGCCAAGUUGCUGCUACCGGAGAUGGUGUGUGCAGCGCUGAAGCGGCGAGCCUGCAGAAUGGGAAGACUGGCUGUGGAUUCGAUGAUCCGAAUGCGGCGGCUGUGAUUGCUGCGGCGCAGGCGCAGGUUGAAUUGCAGGGUUUUAAGAGGGUUGUGCGAAAGGAGUAG